ACUCUAAUGAGAUACAUGAUUUAAUUAUGAAUUUAAAAGUAACAAAAUCUGUGAUUGGGCUACCACAAAAAAUCAUAAAAUUGGCAUGUGAUUAUAUAACUGAACCACUUACAGAAUUAUUCAAUCAAUCUUUACUUCGAGGUGUUGUCCCUGAGAUUUUAAAGAUUUCAAAAAUUACACCGAUUGAUAAAGGGGGCGAGACAAUUGACCCAACAAAUUAUCGACCUAUUUCAACUUUGUCCGUCUUUGAAAAGUUGGUCUAUAAGCAACUCUUGUCUUAUGUCGAGAAAGAACACAUCCUUUUUGAAUUUCAGUUUGGUUUUCGUAAAGGACAUUCAACCACACAGGCAAUAAGUAAACAGAAAUUACUGAAACAUUGA